AUGAGUCGGCCAGGAGAGAGCGAGGAAUCCGAAUGUCAGGAAAGCUCCGAAUCCCAGGAAUCCCUCUCGGAUUCUUCGACUGAAACCCUCCCUCAUCCCGUAUUUUACAAGAACGAAAUCAUUUGCAACAAGUACCGAGUGCUAAAUGAGCUGGGAAAAGGAGGAUGUGGAGUUGUUUUGAGUGUUGUGGACAUUGAUACUGAAGGUAGUUCACGGCCGAUUUAUGCUGCAAUGAAAGCUGAGACCAUCGAUCCGAAGGGUCGGGCCAGUCAGACCAUCAAAGUUGAGGUAAGGGGCAAAAGGAUGACUAACAAAAGUACCGUAUCUGCUCUCAGUUGCUAGUUUUGUGUUAUUUAGGCUCAUGUUUUGCGCCGUCUUCAGAAUUGUGACAACUUUUGUCGCCUGUUCUUAUGCUGUCGGUUGGACACCUCGAUUAACAUCAUGGUGAUGAGUUUGGUGGGAAAAUCCCUUUCCUGGCUUCGGCGACAUACCGAACAGCAAAGGUUCAGCAUCUCCACCUCCGUUAGAAUAAGCCUCAAAUGUUUGGAAGCAAGUUUUUAUCCAAUAUUCAUCUUUUUAUGCAAUCUCUUUAUUUGGUAAUCGUUCAGUUAUCUUAUUAAUUUUAAGGUGAUCAAAGAGUUACACCGUCGUGGCUUCCUCCAUCGAGACAUCAAAGCAUCCAACUUUGCCAUCGGCGCUUUUCCCCAUGAUUUCAGGAAGAUUUAUCUAUUGGACUUUGGCUUUGCUCGGUCGUAUGUAGGUGAUAUCAAUAAGUAAAAUAAUUUUUCAGCUGAUGACUGAAAACAACCAACUGAAGAUCCGGCCACCUCGCAAAAGAGCGCCUUACUUGGGAACUGAUCGUUAUUGCUCCGUGAAUGUCCAUCUCCGGGGAGAACAUGGUCGAGUCGAUGAUCUCUGGUCAUUCCUCUUCAUGCUGGUCGAAUUUAUUCUCGGAAAACUGCCUUGGAAGAAUAUUGAGAAUAAGAAAUUGGCAAAAGCAAAGGUAAAACAUAUUUUAACUUCGUUUAAUUUAGCACAAUUUAGACCCACUACAUUGAAACCUUUCUCAAGAAUUGUCCCAUGGAGUUAUGGAAAUUUAUGAGACAUCUCCAGAAACUGAAAUACGACUCCCGCCCUGAUUAUAAUCUUCUGCAGAACUGUUUGGAAGAGAUCUGUCAUCGAAAAACAUUCAAAACAAAUGACCCUUUUGAUUGGGAGGAUGGUGGAUCUCAAGUGAACAUUAUAAAUAAGGCUAUUGAAGAGGACAAAAACAAAUCUCUGGACGAGAUGCCUUCCCAUCUUACGACUUCUGAAUCUGAGAUCGAAGUCGAUUCUUGA